CUGCCGGGUUCUGUCACUUUUGUUUACAGCACCUGUCAAGUGGCACUUGAUGAUUUUCCUGGGCCAAUAAUCAAUUCCCUCCCGGCAACCGCAACAUCCACAAACACAACAAAGCGGGCAAAGAUGGGCGAGAACAAAAUUGAAGUCGUCGAUUACGAGAAAAUGACGGAGUUUCAAGACAACGCCAACUACUUGAUCCUCGAUGUACGCGAUCCAGGCGAAAUCGAGUCGACCGGGAAAAUUCCCGGAAGCAUCAACAUUGCGCUGGGUACUUUGGAAAAUGCACUGUUAAUGAAUAACGAUAAUUUCGCUAAAGAUUAUGGCCGACCGAAACCGAAUGCCGGUUUUCCGCUGGUUUUUACUUGCCUGAAGGGGGGCAGAGCCACCAAAGCGGCUGAGAUCGCCUCCAGGCUGGGUUACGAGAAAGUCAAAGUUUACAAAGGAAGCUGGGAAGAGUGGUCCAAAAAACAGGGUUUAUAAGUGAAUUACUACUAUACUAUGUACUAUACAAUGAAAAUACUAUAAUAAAUAAUCUAAAAUUUAA